CACGCCUAGGUUUUGUUUUGUUUGCUACUACGGCUACGAUUCAGCCAAUGCCGAACACUUUAUCUCGUGUGCUUUCAGCUGCUGCCAUCUAAUAAACUGUAAUUGGCGCCACAACUCCUUGAAGACGCUGUGAAUCCUCGUUGUGCAUGCUCCCACUUGCUACUGUUGUAGCGUCGCUCAAAUCUGUACAUGGCUACAAACGAAGAUGUCUAGUGCUGUAACUAUUCGUCCGGGCGUCGUGGAACCUCCCUCGACUCCAGAAGAUGAAAGUAACUUCAGGCAAAGUCUGCAGAUCGAUAUGAAGGGGUUGGUGGGAGAUGCCGUCGGAAAUAUGAGCAUAAGCCCAGGAAGUCGAGAUGUGGUGCUGGCUACACGCAAUGGACUGUUCAUCAUUGAUUUGGAGGCGCCCCUAAACGUGCCGCGUUUUCUCCCUCAAGGUGGCACGUGGGAUGUGGCAGACGUCCAGUGGAACCCGCAUCCUAGUCGCAGUGAAUAUAUUGUAUCCACAUCGAGCGAGAAACUGCUUAUAUGGAACCUCUUCUUGACUGGGAAGACAUCUAUUGAACACGUGUUGCGCUCCCAUUACCGCGCUAUCACGGACAUCAACUGGCACACGACUGAACCGGAUAUCGUGGUGAGCACAGGGAUAGAUUCAUGGCUAUGGGCAUGGGACCUGCGUGCAACGCAGAAGCCGGUCAUGGGACUCUGCGCGUUUGGUGCUGGCGGAACACAGGUUAAGUGGAACCGCCAAGAUGGCAACCUUCUCGCGUCUUCUCAUCAGAACGUGGUACUGCUUUGGGAUCGACGUAAAGGAUCUCUACCGGUGGCCGAAAUCAAGGCGCACAGUGCAAAGAUAUAUGGGAUUGAUUGGGCUCACGGAAGUAGCACGGAGUUGCUAACAUGUUCUCUUGAUAAGUCUAUCAAGAUGUGGGACACCCAAAUUUUCCAGCCGAAGUUGACCAUUCAGACUGCCUACCCUGUCUGGCGAGCGCGGGACCUGCCAUUCGGACGCGGUGUCCUCAGUCUGCCACAACGGGGUGAAACUGCACUUGAAUUGUAUGCAUAUGAGACUCCAGAAUCACCGAUCGAACUGUUCGAAGGCCACACAGAUGUUGUCAAAGAAUUUGUAUGGCGCAGAGGUGGCUACGAUAAUUCUGAGUUCCAGUUGAUAACAUGGUCGAAGGACAAGACACUACGGUUCUGGCCGGUGGAUACCGAUGUCAUGCAGAGAGCGGGAAGAACAACCCCAACACAUAGCAGUGCCGCUGGAGUACCCAGCAGGAAACUCAAAAUUUCUUUCAGCAAUGCUCCUGUCGGAAUGAACCUGACUCCUGCAUUAUCAGCGCCUAUAGGCAACAGGUCUAUUCUGGCAGAGGUCCGCGCACCAUAUCCGCUUCGUCCAUCGAGGACGAACAUUCGUCGGAACCCGUCUCAGCGCGAAGCAUCAGACUCUUCAUCAGUUUACCUUGAUAGAGAUACUUCUGUCGCGCCUACGAAGCCCAUUCCUAUCGCACAGGAGAAGGGUGGAACGAUGACUAGAGGACACCUUGGCGCGCGAUCGGCUCGGAUAACCACCUUCGCAUGGCUUUCCAGCGUUAAAGUCGGCGCGAAGAGGGACAGUAGCUCGGGUCAAGGAAGUGGAGCGGAAAAAGGGAACUUGUCCCGCGUGAGCUCAAGAUCACGACCAUCUUCACUCCUAGAUCAACAUGUCUCUGGACGUGCACCGAGCUUGCAGAAAGGGCACGACGCCACAGAAGAGGUAGAUGACGACCACCGCGAAGGAGAGGUCGGGCAAUCUGUUCAGGACGAGAUAACCUCAGUCGUCAACAAGCUUAGUGCCUCAAAAGUGAAGCUUGAGAAGGCAGACCUAACGAAAAAGAGAAGUUGCACCUUCGGAUUGCAUGGACCAUGGGGCGACUCCACCUCUGUGUUCAUCCGGGUGACGUUCACCUUUCCUCGAGACUAUCCUGACGCUACCUACCCUCAUGGCAUUCCAAGUGUUGACUUGGAAAGGAACCCCCUCAUUUCUAUCAAAAAUCGUGCAUAUAUUCUCCGGCGUCUGAGGACGAUUCGAGAGCAUGAGCGGCCAUGUCUAGAGAAAUGUCUACGAUUCCUUCUGUUUGGGGAUGAUGGCGAACAAAUCGGAAGACGUCCUGGAAUCGAGUCAGAGUCGUCGUCCGACGAAGAGGGAAUACCAUCAACUCGCACACGUGGACGUCCUAGCUUCUCCUCGGUGCGCAACGACAAGAAUCUGGCUGAACCUCGGACCUCGCAGGGAGUAUUUGGAGUCAAUGGAGAACUGAUAUGUUUUUCACGUGCACCACCACGGAUCGUACGCAAUCCAAUGCGAGAAAUGUCUGAGUCGCCGUCCCUCGCCCCUCAUGGUGCAGAUGCGUCGUUCGGACUGUUCCACUCGCCAGCCUUGGUAUCAGACGCAAUUCGCAAUUUGGGAUACGCUGCUCGUGAUCGGGAUAAUGAGUCUGUCGAGCUUCAACAAGCUGAAGAUGCCAACAACAUACUGCGUAUCAUGACCAAUUUGUUCACGGUCUCGCAGAGGAAACCUAGGAGGAUUUCCGAAAACUCCAGGCACUAUGAGGAUAUUCCAUCCAGCUAUUCACUGGUUCCGACAAGACGGAGUACUGUUACCAUUAGAGAUGCUUCAAAAUGGGUCGGGAUCGAUGUCGCUGCAGCUGGAGAAUACACUUUCUCUGCAACACAGCCCACCGAACUCUGUAGGAAAAACGCUGCGAUUGCUAUAGCGAGAGGAAGAUCCGAUCAUGCAAGGAUUCUUGGCAUGCUAGAGGCUGCAUUGACGAGGGCAGAGGAGGAUGGUUCGGAACACCUGGCCAGUCACCAACGCACGUCCGAUCGAGUGGUCGUCUAUGUCGUCAACCGAAUCUACCAGGAGCUGAUUGCAAGCAAAGAUAUUCAGAUGUUGGCCUUUAUCUCAGUCCUUCUCCUUCAAACAUCUUCCUCGCAGACCCAGGCUUCCCACCAGAUGACUCCUGACAUUAGUACACCUGACUUCAGCCGCUCUCUCAGGCAAAGAAAUCCGUCUUUGUCUCCAAUCUGGUCUCAUGCAUUACCAUCCCCGACUACCCAGCCAGUGGCUCCUGCGCUAUCUUCACCGACAUCCUCUAAAGGCUCAUGGUCGAGCCUUUUCACCGGAACAAGCAUGAAGCAAUUCGUGACAGGUCCAAAGGCUAGAUUGUCUAUCCCAAUGUCAGAGGACUUUCGCAAUGGCCGCAGACCGUCCGUUCACUACGGGAGUGGGAAGGACAUCACUACACCCACCACCAAGUCAUGGACGGAAGAUACUAAGGUAGACCCCGUAUUGUCAGCGGUAACAUUUUCGUCCGCGGGACACACACGACACAGAACGUUUUCUCAAAUUAUCUCCGCACGUCCGUCUCACAAUGACAGGAAACGACUUAUAGUGAAAUUAUCAUCGUUACGCCCGUAUUCGCUGGUCACGUUACAGCAAGGCCUGUGCAACCAACUGCUUUGUCACAUCUUCAGUUAUGCACAGAUGCUGCUCGCGUGGAAUCUUCCCAGCAAGAGGACCGAACUGUUGAAGGCCGUCGAGAACGACAUCCACUCAACCGCGAUGGAUGCAAGCAUAAUGGAGAGUCUUGUUGCGCCGGACUGCCUAGGGGUCGUGCGUAUUUGCAAGCAUGGCAUAUCAGAUCCAGAACAAAGCUGUCCUGGUUGUGGAGGACGAGCAACGGCAAUACGAUGCUCAGUCUGCCGUCUGCCUGUGAAGGGGCUCUCAUAUAGCUGUUUAUCAUGCAUGCACGUCAGCCACGUAUCCUGUUGGGAGGGGAUACGCGGACGAUUCUGUGCUACGGGAUGCGGAUGUCAGUGCGUUCAGCCUCUUUCAACGUUAAGCACGGCUGCCGAGCGGUCGUUGCCCCUGCUAUUGGCGGCGUAACAACUUACUGGGCACAUGUUAAAAUUUCGUCAACUGGUACGACAAAAGUAUUCUCGAUAGAGCAUGAAGCUCGUUCGACUAGACAGCCUCCUCGAGCAAGUCGUGUCAAGAGCUCGCUGCUGUUAUUGCAUCGCUCUUACACAUUACGUUAGUCAUUGACAAAUCAAUUGCUCGUUCCGUUGCAUCGAUCCAGAUUCCAAGAUGACAUUGAUUGUAACAAUUAUUCAUGUAAUCUUAUAGCCAUCCCAUUCAUUGAUACCUACUCGUACAGUCAAUACUAUAGAGCUUUGAAUCGUUGAUCAUUGGCACCCGUUG